AUGGCAAGAAAGAAAACAAGGAAACAAAAAAGGGCGAAAAUUCCUGAGAGAUCAGUAGUUUUUGGUGUGAAUGAUCCAGUUACCAGAAAAUGUUGGAUUAUACUGGCUGUUCUUUGUGUUUUCGGAACUGUGAAAGGGAUGCAGAUUGAUGGCGAUCAUGUGGGUUACAAGAAGUGUCUGGGAAUGAUUUUCGUGUUUUUUUAUGUGAUUGACAUCAUCAAAUCUAUUUUCUGUGAACCUCCAACUCCAGUUGGCAAGGCUGACCGAUGGGUAAGAACUUUUGUACCUUCGGUACUCUUUCCCAUCAUCUAUUUUACCAUCUACAACUUCCAAACUUUUCAUGCAUCCCUUCUGGUUUUAUCCAUCGUCUUUGGAUUAGUAGCUAUGGUUCAGCUUCUUUGUCCAGUGGAAGGGUUUCACUUUGCUUAUGUUGUUGUGAUCAUCAUAUUAGGGUGUUAUUUAGCUCUUUUUGCAUGUGACUAUGACCCCAAAAUCCAGCCAUUUUGGAUCUGUUUUCUCUUUAUUUUUGUAAUUCAGUGUGUCAUCUAUGGUCUCAAUUGCCCUUCAGAUGGCUUCGUAUUCUUCAGUUUCUAUUGAGUUUCCAUCUUCUGAAACUGUCAGAUCGCUGGGUGGUUAACCUUUUGGUCAUCUUACUAUGCUUCUUGUUGUUCAAUCUUUUUUCUAGAACAUUGUAAUCAAAUAUUGUCAUAUGAAAACUCUAAUGUUUUUUCCA